AUGAAGUGGCCGGCUCUUUCUCUCAAGGAUGGAAAUUUGGUUCCCAUUCUUGGAUUCGGGACUGGAACCGCCUGGUACAAGGAUGACCCAAAUGAUCCAACCAAUCCGGAACUCAUCGAGGUGCUGAAAGCUGCUCUAGAGAAAGGGUUCCAUCACAUUGACGCCGCCGACUCCUAUGGCACGGAACGCGAAGUGGGUAUCGCUAUCAGGGAGAGCGGCAUCCCUCGAGAGCAGCUGUUCAUCACCACCAAAGUCCUUGAAGGAUGGAAAGAUGUACCCGGCGCCCUUGACGCCAGUCUGGAGAGAUUGCAGCUGGACUAUGUGGACCUUUACCUGCUGCAUAAUCCGUAUGUCAUUCCAAAUUUGACAGAUAUCCAGAGCGCCUGGAAAGGGCUUGAAGCUGUGAAAGCCACAGGAAAAGCUCGGAGUAUCGGAGUCUCCAAUUUCCAACGCAACCACCUGGAAGCCAUCCUGGAGACAUGCUCGGUUGUCCCAGCCAUCAAUCAGUUGGAGUAUCACCCGUACCUACAACGCUCUCAUGACUUCAUUCCAUGGAUGCGUGAACGCGGCAUUGAAGUUUCGUCCUUCAAGACCCUUGCCCCGGUGACGGUCGGUAAAGGCGGACCUCUAGACGAGCCGCUGGCAUCGAUUGCCGCCAAACAUAACAUCACGACCAGCGCAGUGGUGCUCAACUGGGUAAUCUCCCAGAACAUCGUACCCAUCACAACUACGACCAAGAGGGAGCGGAUGGAGGAGUAUAUUGCUGCGAUAUCUCUUCAGCUAGACCGCGAGGAGUUGGAUGAGAUCACCCAAAUUGGGCUCAGGCAUCAUUUCCGUUGGUGGGGAAAGGACUUCUUUGGCCCAGAUGAUCGAUCCUAG